AUGAAUCUCGCUUUGAUCGAUCCGUUUGUCCUUGCUCAAGAUUACCCAGAUGCCCUUACCGGCAAGCUUCGCUGCGGACAUGCUACUUGCUUAAGGUUCAACCGUAAGGGUGACUUCCUGGCUUCCGGACGAGUCGAUGGCACGAUCGUGAUAUUUGACGUGGAAACCAAUGGCGUAGCUCGAAAGCUACGAGGACACAGCAAACAGAUUCAGAGUCUGAGAUAUCUACUCAGUUCCUCACAGGAUUGGAACUGGCUCUUUGUGGCUUCGCUAUUCGAAAAGCAACCGGUUCUCGUCGAUAUCUCCGCUCCACGACCCGUGAAACGGAUCCUCCCUUCCGCUCCCCUUCGACCCCAGCUCGAAGAUACCGAUCCAGCAGUAACUGCAAAACAAGCAGCACAAGAUGCAAAGCAUUCAACCUGCGUCACAAUAUUCACUGCGCUGGGCAACCACAUCAUAUCAGGCACAUCGAAGGGCUGGAUUAAUAUCAUCGAAACCCAAACCUGCACCACAAUCCACUCAACCAGAUUAUGCAACGGCGUCGUAAUCCUCCUCCGCCUAGCUAGAAAUGGGCGCGACCUCCUCGUUAACAGUUCAGAUCGUGUUAUUCGCACAGUAAUUAUACCCCGACCUAUCCCCUACUCGGAGUCAGCCUCGACCCCUCCGCCAUAA